AUGUCUUACAGUAACAGGGAACUGGUAGUGUUUUUUAUAAGCUAUAGACUGUCCCAGAGGAAUUAUUCAUUUUGUCAAUUGGGGCUGGAGGGUGUAAGUGGACGGACUGAGGGAGAUGAGGCCAUUGCAAAUGGGUCUGUGGGGAACAACAGGAACAGCAGAAGCAAUUUAGGGAAGCCCUCAUCUCCACUGGGGGGAAUUGAGGCAGUGAAAGCAGCACUACGGGACUCAGCGGAUGAGUUUGAGCUGCGCUACACCAGAGCCUUCAGUGACCUCGCCUCCCAACUCCACAUCACCCCUGCCACAGCCUACCACAGCUUUGAGAGCGUGAUGGACGAAGUGUUCAGGGACGGGGUCAACUGGGGCCGCGUGGUGGGCCUAUUUGCUUUUGGCGGGGCCCUGUGUGUUGAAUGUGUUGAGAAGGAUAUGAGCCCCCUGGUGGCACGCAUCGCAGACUGGAUGACCACCUACCUGGACAACCAUAUCCAGCCCUGGAUCCAGAGCCAAGGAGGAUGGGUAGGUUGGAGCUGAUAUUUUACAUCUGCACAUUAUACAACCUUGUUAUGGGAUUUAGUAAUACAUUCUCAUUGUGUGUGUGCAUCCUUUGCUGCACCCACUCUGAGAAAUAGAGAAUACUAUGAUAGACUACCCUAAAGGGAGAAGCUACAGAGGGGUAUUGGGGCACAGAGAUGGGGGCUGCUAACACAUAGUUCACUGUAUUAAUCUUCCUCUGUCUCUGUUCCCUGACAGGACCGUUUUGCAGAGAUCUUUGGCAGAGAUGCUGCUGCAGAUGUCCGACGGUCCCAGGAGAGCGUAAUAAAAUGGCUGCUAGUUGGGGUGAUUCUGUUUUCAGGAGUGCUGGUCGGCACUCUCAUCAUGAAGAAACGCCAGUGA